AUGGACAAUAAAACAAUUCAGAAAUUACGGGAACUUUACUUUAAAGUAAGUGCCUUUAAUUUUCCUUGAACUGAGUAUUUUUAACAGUUAUUGUUUCUCCUUUUAAUACAGUUUUAUUUUAGUUAGAACAGACUGCACCAUCGCCAUUGAAAAUUGCGACCCUCUUGCCGGCACGAUAAUGGCGGUCUUCCAUUUUACUGAAAAUUCACCUUUGUUGUUUCAGGUUUUUAACAACCAGUUGAAUCUCUUUCUCUUAUAUCUCGUAACCAUGGCAACUGAUUGAGGACAAAUUUUGUCAGAAUGUCUAAAACAUAAGAUAAGCCAAAAAGUAGACAAAAAGUCGUUCUAGUCAGAAACUAGCGAAAGGCGUCCACCUUCUCUGAAGACGAAAUUGGAACCGCGCUUCUCUUGUUCUACUUUCUAAACGAUGUAGCAGCAAGUAUUAUUUUUUAAGCUAACCUGAUUAUCCUUUAUUGAUUUACAUAUUGCAACAUUUUUUAAACGUUUUCUCUGAUCAUAGUUUGUUCGUGUUAUAGGUUUCAGAGCUUGAAACACAGCUGAACCAAGAGAAAAAUGAUCACCUUUUAUCACUGGCUCAGGUCCGAGUAGAAGGGCAAAGAUACAUGACAUGGGAACUACGAACGGAUUGA